CUCAUUCGUUGCCUUUCUCCUUCAAUCAUUUGAAUAUAUAUGCUCUUUUACUUGUAGGAAAUGGCUGCUGAGCCUACAAAAGAACAUGUUGAUGUUGCUGACACUGAACCUGUGGCAUCAUCUACUGAUAAUGAAGAAAAGAUAAAAAAGAAGAAAAAGAAAGGAGUUUUUUCAAUGAUAUGGAAUAGUUUAUUUAGGUCCAAAAAGGAUGAUUUUGAGAAGAGAUUGCAGCAUAUUUCCAAGGAGGAGGCUGAUGUUAUUGCCAGAAUCAAUAAGCGAUCCCAAAAUUGGAGAAGGAUGACAAGGCAUCUCAUUGUACUUUCUGUACUUUUUGAGGGAAAUGGAGGUGAUCAAAUUUGAAGAGUCGCCACAAGUCAAUUUGAUCUCAUUGAAGUGGAUGAUAAAGAGUUUUUGAACUAUUGUAAAAGUUUAAAUACAUUAUGUUUGAUUUUGUGAAAUAUAUUCAUUGCUAGAAUAUAUUGAACUAUUGUAAGAGUACUUUUUGAACUAUAGUGUACACAUAUUUAGAAUAUUGCU